CGUACUUCUGUCAAAGAGUCACCGUUCGGGCGUCGCUUAAUCUCAAAUUAUAAUAAGUGGUUAUCUGGAGAACACACGGUUCUUAAUUGAAAGUCUUAUCUGCUGGCGCUGGCGAAAAUUUUGGAAUGGCGAAUUAAUUUAAACGGCCCGUGAUAACGGUCGCUGUAAACAGUUCCGCGGAAACUAUGAUAGCGAACGGACAGCAAACAAAGUCGCUGGCUAGUGUGCUCCUCCUGGUACUGGGCAUUGCCCAAAUAUCCGGAGUGGCUAUCGGCGCACCAGAAGGUCGAGUGGUGGGCGGAGGUACCGCGGCGGUAAACAGUGCUCCCUAUGCGGUGUCCAUGCAGUACGGAGGCACCCACUACUGCGCGGCCAGCAUCCUGAAUGCCAACUGGCUGGUCACCGCUGCCCACUGCCUGACCAACAGUAACCAGGUGCUGGGCAGCACCCUGGUGGCCGGAAGCAUCGAGGUGGCCGGAACUGCGAGCACCACGCAGACGCGGAGCAUCACGUAUUUCGUGAUCAAUGACUUGUACACCGGUGGAACCGUUCCCUACGACAUCGGCUUGAUCUACACGCCCACCGCCUUCGUUUGGAGCGCCGCCGUGGCCCCAGUAACGCUUCCAUCCUCGGGAGUUGUGCCCACUGGCACCGCCAAUCUGUACGGAUGGGGCAGCACCAGCACCACGAACACCGCCUCCUAUCCAUCCACCCUACAGGUGGCCACCAAUGUGCCCAUCAUCUCGCUGAGCUCCUGCGAGAGCGCCCUGGGCACCAAGGGCAGCGAUGUCCACUCGACCAAUCUGUGCACUGGUCCUCUGACCGGCGGCGUUAGCAUUUGUACCUCGGAUUCGGGAGGACCACUGGUCCAGGGCAAUGUCCUCAUCGGCAUCGUGUCCUGGGGCAAGUUACCCUGUGGCCAGGCCAACUCACCAUCGGUUUACGUGCAGGUCUCGUCGUUUAUUUCCUGGAUAUCGGCUAACCAGCAGGCGCCCUAGAAAACCGCGUUUUCCGCUAUUUUUUCAAUAAAGCAAUCAAAGUUGUGCCCCUAGUGGCUGGUCACUUAA